UCUUUGUAAUCUCAACAUUUUUACCGUUUAAUCCAUUUAUUCAACUAUUUUCUAAAUUCAAAUGAUCGUGUUCACUAAAAGUCAGGACAGCUAUACUAAAACCUCAUUUCUUGUUUUCGUUUAAUGGCGUCGGUUUUUAUCAUAACGUUGUUUUUAUUUUUUAGACCUUUUCGUCCUAAUUCGAUUGCCGUAGGUAUAUUAACGUCAUCACGUCCCCUAUGUGCUUGCGUCAUGGAUUUUCCCACGUGCAGAUGUUUAUGCUCCUCGUGCGCGUCUGCAGACAAGGAGAGAGCGAUGGUGACAGUAAACUGUUAAAACAAAACAAAAAAAUAAACGAUAACCUCGGGUAAUGAGUUACUGGAACCAAGAAAGCAUGGCCACUAAACUGUCUUUUCCAUAUCUUUGAGUUUAAUUAUCUAAAAAACAAAAAAAUAACAAAAACAAACGUGUCGUGACACCUUGAUGUGAACUGGGAAAACAAAACAUUCAGUGGUGUGCUCUUAGGACAGACUGGUGCCGUCGACAUGAGUAAAUGAUAUACUGAACUCAAAACGAACGCAGUAGGAAAUAUACUUUUGGUUUACUUUUGUUUCAAAGCUUUUUCAAAUUGUUUCAACGCUUAAUUUUUUACCAAAAGCAAAAAUAUAAAAGCUAUAAGAGGUUUAGUGCAGGAUGAAAUAAUGACGCAGGUAUACAGUAAAUGAGUAAAAGACCAGGGCAAUCUUUUCGUUUUGGAGUUAUUUUUUAGGUUAGAUUUCGCGAUGUUUUUUUUGUUGUUUUUUUUAGUAAGAGCUCCGUCAUGGAAUCUUAGAAAUAUUUUAAUUGCUUUGUGUAUUUUUCUCUUUCCUUUCGAACACAAACAAUGUCAUAAACCUCGAAAAGGAAACAUCUCAAUGUCAUUCUACACUUUUAAUUUCUGAUAAGACAAAAAUCUAUAUUUACCUGAAUUCAAAUGUUUGUAGCAUUAUCUUUGUUGGUUUUAUGUUGGUAAAACGACAUAGUUAGUUUUCCUGUUUCACGUUACCAAAGAAUGUUUACAGGCGUUCAUAAUAAUAUACUUUAUUAUUACAUGUAAUAAAAUGUACACAUAAUUGUACACAACACAAUCCAAAAUUGCUAUGACAGUGUAUUUUACGUGCGAUAUUAUACGUCAAGUUGAAUAAGCUCUCGUUUCCUAUCUUCUGUCAUGGCAGCGAAAGCAGCAUCAGUGAAGCAGGGGGAGGGUGCAGCAGUGAAAUACCACCCCGGAUUUGACACACACACACACGCAUUUGCUCCUUCACUGCUUGUAAACACAGGCUCACACGUGACUAUGUGCGGUCGCAUUGUCUCGGAGCGGACAAAGAAGAAUCACUGUAUGCGGUAUUUUUCUUAUACUGGCGACGUCAGGGAGGCGAUCGGACUGACGUUAUGACAACCGAUGUGAUAUACCCAAAGAUGAAUCCUGUCUGUUCGCUGCGUUUACACCGUGGUGUCCGGUGAACUUCAGUCUGUCUGGAUCUCUGUAGCGAGCAUCCGGAGGGGGUAAAGACGUCAGCUGCGCUCUCGGCCGCUAGGACACAGCUGGCGGCAGGUAAACAAACCGGGACAGUCUUUGUUAUAUUUGAAGGGUUUUCGCGUUUGCGUUAAGUUUUGAAUUUUUUUUUAUACUAGCGCCGAUCGCUAGUACCUUUGAAACCUUUGGCCUAGAUAUUUGUCGCGUACGUUAAUUCGAUUGUCUCCAUCGAGUGGGUGAGAUGUCAUUCGCCAUGGAGGACAACUUGGAGUCCGGAUGGGUGUCCGUCCGACCGAAGGUCUUCGACGAAAAAGAGAGACACAAAUUCGCCUUUAUCGUGGCCUGGAACGACAUCGAGGAGAAGUUCGCCAUAACCUGCCACAACAGAACCGUACAGAGAAGGACCACUUUUCUAGACCCGCUACUGGACUAUAGUCUCCCCACCGAUGACAAAUACGCAAAAAGUCCCGAUACAAAGAGUAAAGACGAAGUCUGCCAGACGUCUAAAGUUAGACCUCACUCUGUCCCCAAAGGGAAGCCAACAACAAAGAGUGGCCCAGGAGACAAAAAGCCUUCAAAACCUGGCCAGUCUCAGACAUUGGAGUGCAUCAGUCACACAAUUGGGUCCUGGGAUAUUGUGACACCAAAGGUCAUGGACGUGGAGAUCCUUGACCCAAUAGAUGCCCCGAUGUCUCAAGAUGAUGGAGACUCAAGAGACCAGGACAGCAAUAGCCAUGCGGACUUUAGCUGGGCCGGUUUGUUCUCCUUUCAGGACCUGAGGACAGCUCACCUCCAACUCUGCUCUGUCAACUCAGACCUGGAGCCCUGUUUACCGUCUUUCCCGGAGGAUCAGUCCGGAGUGUGGUCGGUGCUGUUUGGCGGCACCGGUCUGUCGCAGAGGGAGGCAGAGGCCCUGUGUUACCAGCUGCAGGUGUACCUGGGUCAUGCCCUGGACACCUGCGGUUGGAAGAUCCUCUCACAGGUGCUGUUCUCUGAGAGUGACGACACAGAGGAGUAUUACGAGAGUCUGAGUGAGCUGAGGCACAAAGGCUACGAGGAUGCACUGGAGAGAGCCAAGAGACGCAUGCAGGAGGUGUUGGACAAACACAAAGCCCUGGACAGCAUGGUGGAUCUGCUGCAGGUGUACCCAGAGGAGGACGAGGCGUACGGAGAACUGCUGGAGGCCACAACUCAGCUGUACCACUACCUGCUGCAACCGUUCAGAGACAUGAGGGAGCUGGCAAUGCUGCGCAGACAGCAGAUUAAGGUAACAUGCUCCUACACACACACACGCACACACACACACACACGCAUGCACUCAGCGCCAUCUGUACAUGGUGCAGCUCUGUAUGAUCGUAUGCGUGCUGACCAGAAGAAGUUUGGCAAGUCGACAUGGAGAGCAGCUGUACAACGAAUGGAGCGGCUGCAGCACGCAGUCUCAAGAGAAACUCUGCAGAUGAUGAGAGCCAAAGAGAUCUGCCUGGAACAGAGGAAACAUGGCCUCAAAGAAGAGAUGCAGACCCUACAGGGUGGAGAGGAUGCUAUGCUGCGUCUAGACCAGUUGGAGGAGCUGUACUACGAAUUACAGCUGCAGCUGUAUGACAUCCAGGCUGAGGUGUUAAGCUGCGAGGAGCUGCUGCUCACUGCUCAGCUGCAGAGUCUGCGCCGUACGAUGACAGAGUGCCAGGAUGAAGUUGUUUACUACGAUGCCUAUGAAACUCCAGAUGCCAUGAAUGGAGAAGAAGACCCCGCAGCUCCACCCCCUCCUCUCAGAGAUGAUGAACUGAUUGUCCUGCGACAGAGGACACGGCACCUGGAGGCACGCAGAGGUCGCAUCACUGCCAAGAAAGUCUACCUCAAAAACAAGAAGGAAAUCUGUAUCGUCAACCACAAUCAGAAGCUGCAGCAGCGCCAAGGCAGCCUAGCUGACUGCAGUUCUCCUCAAGCACUGACACAGGAAGCAGAGACUAGAGAAGAGGAUGAAGCCAAACAAAAUGCUAGAGUGAGCCAGGAAAGGCAAAGGACUCUGGACAGACUCCGCAGCCUCAAACAGCGUUACCCGGGCCAGGUGACCCUCAAGUCCAGCCGUCUGCGUCUGAAUCAGACUCACAGUCGGAAAAAAGUGGGACAGCAGCCCAGCACGCAAGCCGCCAGCGUUCAGACCGACUGUACCUCGGACAUCCCCCAGCUGUCUGCUCCUCCUCCUCCUCCAACUGACUUUUAUUGCUGCGACAGCAUUUCUUUGCCAAUGGCUGACCUUGAAAAUCUCACCUCCUCGCCUCCCUUCCUCUCGCUGCCUCCUCUCACAGCUUCCCCAUCUGCUCUUUUGACAGCGCCCCCACCUCCUCCCCCUCCACCCCCACUUCCUCCACCACCACCUCCUUCUCUAGAGGACCAAAGCCAGGGUGAGUUUAGGGGGCAGGAGCCCACUGGGAGCCCUGUGAGACAGCUCACAUGUGAAUCUGAAUCUCCGCCACUGCCUCUCGCUCCAUUUUCGCCUCGAUUCUUUGACAGCAGCCAGUUGCUGACAGCAAGGAAGAAGCUGAGAAAGACAGCCUCACUGGACUCCACACAGUGGAGGAGAGCGAGCUCCCCCAUGGAUGAAGUCCUGGCUUCCCUCAAACGUGGCAGCUUCCACCUGAGAAAGGCUGAGCUGCGUGUCCUGGCCCCUGACCCUGAUGACGACACCAACAACAUCUUGGCUCAGAUUAGACAGGGUGUCAGGUUGAGGAAGGUGCGAACUCACCCUGAGCAACAGCAACGUAACAGCAAGAGCUUCCCUCACUCCACUGACGCUCUGACCCGCAGCAUCCACGAGGCCCUGAGGAGAAUCAAGGAGGCCUCCCCAGAGUCUGAGUCAGAGGAUGAAGGCCUUCCAUGCACUGACUGGGAAAACUAGUUUAAUGGAAGAUUAUUCUUUUUUUAAUUAGGGCCAUGAGCCAGAAUGAUGAGACAUUAUGUCAUGAGAUAAGUCAUACGAACACCUGGUGAGAACUAGGUGCAAUUUGAACAAAGACCCUUGAUUUAUAUAGAAAAGACAGUCUUUUUUAAACAUUUGUGUGUGUUUUUAAAAACAGACCACUGAUUUUAUUUUAUUUUUCAUGUUGCUGCUGCUGCAUUCUCGGGGAGGAGAGAACCUCUAACUGAAUCCAUCCACAUGAUUGGAGCCGUACUGUACUGUAGCUUGCUGUGAUGGGUUUGUUUGUAGAAGUGAGUAUUUGAUUUUGUUUUCCUCUCACUUUCACUGACACAUUAAGGGUUCAGACUCUCAGUACAUUUAAACAGAGCAGUGGGUGAUCGUCAUUCACAUGAAUAAAUCAUUCCUUAAAACAAUCCAGACAAGGUACCAGUACUGACAAAUGCUGGAGACACAGCCUUACUGAUAAAUAUGACUACCAACAGGAACACAAGGAAAAACAGAUCACGUCGUGUCAUUGCCAACAAAAGUUACAUUUACACCUAAUGGAAUCACCAGAACUUUCUACAGUUUGUAAACUGCUGUAUAAAUCAAGGUCAACAGAUAAAAUAGUUUUAUUCUUGUAUACUACAGUUCAGUUGCUGAUCUACUUCUGAUUUGACAUGGAGAACUGUGCAAAAGUUUCAGGCAGAUGUAUCCUUGCCAAUCUGCAGAUGGAACAUUGUUUAUUUUCUAGAAAAAGAAAAGAUCUGGUUCACGGACCAAGCUACAAACCAUGUGUUAUCCAAUGGCCAUGCCUUUGAUCGUUGGGCAGAAAGAAUGCUGGACCUGCUCAGCCACUUGUUUCUAGGGGGAUGUGACCCCAGUUAUAACCAAUUUUAGGAACAGGGCUAAAAAUCACAUCUAAACUUAUACUCUAGACUGUAAGAAAAACAAUUAUUGUUACUGAGUAAGCUCUUCUGGUUUACUACAGUAGAAAAAGAAAAUUGCAAAAAAGGGGGAUACAGUAAAAUGUGUACACUCCCCUAAAACUUUUGCACAAGUCUUAUUUUGGACCUCAGUGUAUAAAAUUUGUUUACUUCAACUUAAAUCACACAAAUGAUCACAUGAAGUGGUACAAGAUUUUUAGGAAACAGCCAGACUACUAUUAUUGGGUUUACUUCUUUUUUCCUAUUUGCAUCUGUGGUGGCGGAUGUGUUGUCCAGCUGUUGUGCCCAAUGCUGACCAGACAUUUGUAUGCCAUAUGUCAUUCAUGGGUAGCAGUAGAAGUAUUUUAUAAAUCUUGUUUUUUUUAUUUUCUUAAAACUGUUCCAUUACUUCUUGGACCUAUCAGUGCUGAUUGGUGCGGACAUUAGUUUUCGUUUCAUUUUUCUUUUUCUUAUGGAACCAGCACCAGCACUGAUCUGCACAUUUGGAGCUUUGGAUACUUUCUUUCAGCAUUCUAAUGUUUUACAUGCAUAUAGAAGACAUACAGAGAGAGAGGUGCACAUUAGGUAAAUUAGGAUCUAAAGUGAUAUAUAAAGAAGUUUUUUCUAAAGAUGUAUUUAAAACAAAACUGUCUAUGGUGAUAAGCUGAUGUUAAAGUCCCUAAAAAGAAAACCAGCCAAUCCUCCAGUUCAACUAUCAAUGCUAUAUUUUUUACACCACAUUUCUAACUCAAUAUAUGCUAAUUUAAACAAUAUUAUAACAAGAGUUUGAGGUUAGGUAUGAACUAGUCCCUGCAAUGCCAUCAUAUUAUUAUCAGCCAUAUAACACUUCAGACACUGCCUUUAAUUCACUGACUUCUGGCCCGUAAAUUAUAUUGGUAGUUAUGUGUUCAAUAACUGCCAUCAUCUUUAUAUAAAUAAUAAAAUAAAUUCACAUCUUCUAUCAAAAAGGAAAUCCACACACACGGGCCAAAAAGACCAUUUUAAACAGAUGGUUCAUGGCAUAACCUCUUUCAUAUUCUUUCACCAUUGCAGAUCGGAGCAGAAAUGACAGCGAUAAAUGAAAAAGUUUGUAAAAUCACAGUUUAGUUGUAUAAGAAAUAUAGGAAUAAAUACACAUUUGCUUUAAGAGAUUAAGACAAAUCUCUAGAACAUAAAACAAGCACUGCUAAUAGAUACAAUUAUUUAUAUUUAUUUAUAAUAACUAUUUACACGUGACAUUUGGAUUCUUCCACCUUUAAGAUGCUCUGAACACCAAAUCUGUAUUGGGAUUUUUUUAUUGUCACUUUUUGAAUUUGUAAAAAAAAAAUAUGAUUAGCUGUCAUUCAAUAACAUUAGUCUUGAUAAAUUUUAUAAGUUAUUUUUUUAAGUAACAUACACAAUGUAAGAAACUGUCCUUAAAGAAGGGUGUCAUUCAAUUUGGUAAACAAAUGUAAAUGUAUGUGUGCUUCUCUAGCAUUUAAUGAUUCAUAGUUGUGUGAGCAGAGAUUAGAACUUUGUAAAAUGGCUACCUUUAACGUUCAAUGUUUGUAUAAACCAAUAAUGAUAAACAUGAAACUGAAUUACAGCAUCUGAAAACAGACUAAGGCGAGAGGAAGCAAAACACUUACAUGGUGCAAACCCUGAAAACACAGGGUCCACCCCAUGUUAAAGAAAGGGAUUUUUACUGUUUGUUGGGUUUUUUUUUUUUUUUAAAUAGUUGGUUUUAAACUUUUUAGGCCAGUGAAUGUAACAUUUUCUCUCUAGGAAGCCAUUUAAAUUUUUAAGGGGGCUAUUGUGCUAUAAUGCUAUGACGCACCAAUUGAGAUAGAUAGAACAACGGUUAUCACGAUUGUUUUUUUGGGUUGGGUUUCUUAGUUUGUUUUAUUUUUUUAUUUUCCCAGUUGCCUUAAAAUACAAAAGGAAUAAUACAUUAACAACCUCCGAAAAUUAGAUUUACAUAUUAUUUUAGUUACAGAGUUUAGGACAGUCCACACCUCGACAGCAGCAAUGACAAAUUACUCGACAAACUGUCGCUUUUGGUAUUAGCAUCUUUGCUAUUAGUUUUUGUUUGUUCACUCACCCAAAAGAUGGUCACAUAACGUUGUCUGUGUCGCCCUGUGGUCCUGUUGACUCCAACAGUUGUUCACGUUUACACAAAAAAAUCAAACGGCAUUCGACAUUAACCCUUUUUUUAAAAUCGCACUCGCAAAGACCGACACCUGUCAGUCAUCCAACAUUAUUGCGAUGACGUGUGCCCCGCAUGCUGUGUUCACUGACCCUGUAUCCGACUCGAAGACAUAUGCAUUGAUUAUCGAUAUUUUUUAUUUUAUUUUAUUCUUUUAGAAGUUACACCUAGCUCCUUAUCUUCGUCUGUUGUGUUUCAUCCAAUUUUCGAACGAUGUCGGUGUCAGUUAUUUCCGUCCGUAAUUUAUAAAUUACUUGAUCUUUUUUAAUUACAUUUGAAAGACCUGACAAGCUGGUUAACAUCUACAUCUAAUGUCAGCCAACGUGACGCACUGCAAUUAAAAAGCCCUUGUUGUCACAUUUAAAUACGUUUGAAACCUGUUAAAUAUUUAUGAUAAUUUGCUUUGUUGUUUUUCCAUCUGAGAGUUGUUCUUCAAUGUUUCCAUCGCCUCAUUGUUGUUUUUUUAAUGACCUUAUGCCAUUCAUGCUUGAGUUUGUUUUUGUUUGUGUGUGUUUGCAAUUUUAAGCCAGUGUUUACUGUACUGGAGCAUUAUGGAAAAAAUUAUACUGUUUUGCAAAAGUUACAUGAGACUCCAGAGGUACAGGUCAGGGUUGUUUGUUUGUUUGUUUGUUUUUUCAAUUUUGAUGUCACAUUUGCUGAGUCUGCAAUUUGGAUUUUUACAGCUAUGUCUCUUAAGCAAACAAAAUCCUAGUAGCCCAGUAAGGCCACAGUUCCCUGACACACGUGGAGACACCAGACCUUUACAGUCCGUUCCAGUCUUCAUGCAGAGCCAAUUGGUCAGAUGAGUCGUGCUUUUAUAUAAUCGGAACAAUAUUCACUUUUCUUAUUCUACUCAACGAAAAAGCAAGGGGUGCGAUAUGUGUCUCUUAAAGCUAAAUUACUGUAAAAUGUAUGGUCUCAGCUGCCAAGUGUGACACUGAACACAUCAUGCAGCAUCAUUCUGUCUCAAACUGUGUGAUUUAAAUGUCUCUUCUUGUACCACAGAUGUCAGCUGGUAUUAUAAAUGCUACUUUAAUACCCCAUACUUCUCUCACUAGAAUUGACUUUGCUUUUUUAUCCUUUUUCUAACCAAUGACUUGCAGGUUUAAAUUUCAUCUAAGUUUGACCUUUAUGACCUUAUGCAUGUGACUGAGGACGAACCCAUCACAUUGUGCAAUAACGAAGAUUUGUCUUCACAAAGAGUCAUUUAAAAAAAUAAAUAAAACUGCAAUGACAAUUUUAUCAUUAAGAUUAUAUCCGCAUGCCUAAAUGUAUUGAGGUAUUUAUUGUAACUUUUUAUUUUUAACUUUUAAAGUAAACAAAAAAAUUUCCACAAUUUGUUUUGGUUGCUUUUCUGUUCUGCUUCGUACAGUACCACGACGUUCCUCUCUGCUUCCUGUUUAUAUAUAAAUAUUUCUGUUGUCAUAUAUAUGAUUAUUAAAGUUAAGAAAUAUUGACUUUGGCUUUUCCUUGAUCAAAAAUCUAGAUAACUGACAUCUAUGGGAUUUACCAUUCAGACAAAUAUGAAGGCAAAAAGACUUUUAAAUGUGUAUAUAUAACUGAAGUUUCAAGCAACCAUAUUUUAUUUUUCAUAAUGGAAAACUCAGUAACUUAAAUAAAAAUGGUCAUAAAUUAAAAUGCAACCAGGAUAUCAAUGUGAGGUGAUGUUACUGCCACAGGAUACUUAGAUUAGGUAGUAUGUAUACGUAUACACCUAAACUACCUAAAUAUUCAUAUAAGUAAUUGUAGUGUUGUUAUUUCACCACAGGGUGGCACUGUGGUUGAUGCUUUUGCCUUGCUGCAGAGGUGUUGUGAAAUUCUGAGGGAAAAAAAGCAAAAUACCAAAGUACACGUUUUACGUGGUGCUAAGUCACGUAUAGAACGUAAACGUCAAUGUAAGAUGUUUUCAACCAUAACAAGGGCAAAAAAA